CUACACCUUUGAAAAUUCGUGCCAGCGCAACUCAAACUGUGCAUGCGUAGUCUCAAGGUUGCUAUCGAUUGCUGCAAAAAGCCCCGACUGCUGUCGACAGUUACGCUGUGCACAAACAGAAGCCAUGAACAGAUGCGAUGCAUGCGUGCUAGCCAUGGUGGCCAUUCGGUCCAAAAGGGAGUUUGUGCACCCUCGAACGUUAAAGCAGUAUUGAUCUUGUGCGCACGCGCACUGUAAGUUUCGCAUUACUUGGGUGUAUCUGCGCACGCGGAGAAGAUAGUACCACAGUAUAACUUACUGUGAUAGUACUGCCCGUAUUUUUACCAUGGGUUUUCCCAUAGGGAGUUUGUAUCAACCUUAGAGCCAGCAAUGUUAAUGUUCUGCGCAUGCGCAGAUGCUCUAAAAUGGUGAGAAACUUGGACUGCGCAUGAGCAGAAGAUCGAUAGUGCUCUAACUUGCGAGGUGGCACAACUCCGUAUUCGAUUCGUUUCCCGAAUCGAUCACUCGAUAGUGACAAACGUGGGAAAACUUGGAGGGGUGUAUAGGAGAUUACCUCCGCGUUCUCCAAUUUGUUAUUGUCAUUGUAGUGAAACUGUAAGCUUUGUGUUUCAAUCACGAUGGGCUACCAAGUUCAUGUUUUAUUCGAUGGCUAUUCUUCCAUGAAUGAUUCAGAGAUGAAGGCUAAUUGUUCUUGCACUCUCAUCAAAGGCAAUAAGAAUAUAAUAGUAGAUACGAUGACACCAUGGGAUAGAGAUAGAAUUAUUGAAGGGUUGAGUCGACAUAACCUAUCGCCUGAUAAAAUAGAUUAUCUUGUGUGCACACAUUGCCAUUCAGAUCACGUAGGAAACAACAAUUUGUUUCUCAACGCCAAACAUAUUGUGGGCUUUUCUAUAUCUUCUAAAGAUACAUAUUUCAUUCAUCCAUUUGAAACGGGUGAACCGUAUGUCAUUGACGAUGAUAUUAAGGUAAUCCCUACUCCUGGCCAUACUCUGGCUGACGUUACUGUUGUUGUUAAAACUAAAGACCAGGGAACAGUUGCAAUUACAGGUGACCUCUUUGAGAAGGAAGAAGAUAUUGAUAAUCCUCAUUUAUGGUCACAUGUUGCGGGCAGUGAUGAUCCGGAAAUUCAACGCCAGAAUAGAAACCGCAUUUUGUCUUCAGUUGAUUGGAUUGUUCCAGGACAUGGACCUAUGUUUAAAGUGACUGAAAAAAUGAAAGAGAGAUCAAAAGAUGUCUUACACCAUUCUGACUGCAAUUUUCAUUAUAUAUAAUGCACUUUCGGGCAUCUAUUUUUAUCUAAUUUAUAGAUGUUAGGUAAUAAUAUUCUUGAAGUAUGUGGUAAUCAAAUAACAAUCAGUUUAUUAAAAACUUUAAACAAUUAUUCAUGUGUUAUGUUUCUCCUAGCUGUUAUAUGUUACAAAUGAAUCAGUAUAUUGUUAAAAUCAUAUGAAAUAAUAGUUCUCAAUUUAUUAUUAUGUAGUUUCAAUUCAGUUGAAUAUGGAAAUAAUUAAAAAUUACUCUUACCUAAUUCAUAACUCUCAGCGAGUGCUGCAACCUUAUAAAGAAAAUCGCUUAGAAGUAAAGACUGUUAAAGUGGGGAAUCCAGUACACACUUCGAAAGUAGUGUUUGAUUGAGGAGAGGGGGAGGUCAAGAAGGGGUAUUGAGAGAGGGGAAGGAAGAUGAGAAGGGAAUCAGCCAAAGUAGCUCAAGGCAUCAACUGAUGUCUCUGCUUUGCAUCUGACUGGGAGGUCCUAGGGUUUGAGUCUCAACAGUGGUAGGAUUUGUGAUGCUAAAUAGCAAAGUCGAUUUCAACUGCUGUCUGAAGGAGAAUUCUAGCAGCUCACUGCUCUGUUCGGCAGUUUUCAAAGGUUUCUUUGAUGAACACUAGGCAAAGGAAUACCCUAAUAAAUAGGCCACAGACUGCAUGCUAUUUUUCUUUUCUCUUCCUUGUCCAUUUGUCACCUCAUUCUUACACACUCGUACACACUUAUGUGCGCAAAACUACCACAUGUCAAGAGCUUCUACCUUGCCCUGGCUGGGAUGGUGUCCCAAUGGUGGGAGAUAACCUGAACAAGUAAACACCCACAAGCCAACUUGUAGGAGCGUGAUCUCACACUGCAGUGGGGGAAAGAAUACUGCCAUGUCUGUGAUAAACACGCACUGCACUGAAUGAACAAAUCAAUUGACAUACACAAAAUAAUUAAUCAUGAAAAGGAGUGCAAUACACUUGACAUUAAAUUACAGGGGGGAAAAUAUUAAUAAAAUGUACAUAAGCAGCACUUGUGUUUUUGAGACACCUGCAGUAAAGUAGCUUGUGAUUCAGUACCACACAAGUGGAAUGUCUACAAAACACUGUGUAUUCUACUAACUCAACAAAAUUUCACCUGCUUUUUUAUGGCCAACUUGCU